AUGGAUUCAAUCCUCGAUAAGGCUCUAAGCCGCGACCACUCACGCAAAUACUUCAAAGAGGCCCUCCUUCCAGCGCUUAAGUCUGCCUCGAGACCCGUGCUUGCCAACAACGCGAGUGGAGGGAAAGAUCCUCUACAAAUUCUGAGAGAGGAUGUACACAGUCUUGCAUACCUCUUUGUCUUAAAUGCACGAUGUCAAGAAGCGAACGAGGCACAAUCUCUCUGGCCACGCAUCCAACAAUUCCUCCAAAACUUCGAUGAACACCAACUCUACCUCGCCACCGAUACAUUUCUAGCAUUCAUCACCACUAUCUCCCGCCACAUCCCUCCCGCCGAUCUCCUCGACCCGCUGCAUGGCGCUCUGCUACGCUGGCAAGGCCGUGGAGCUGGGGUACACAAGUUGACGCCUGUCCACCCCCUUUACUUACGUCAAUGUUCCCUCGCCAACGCCUUUGACCGCGCCUUGGAAACACUAGGAAGACACUACGAACCCGAUACAGCGCUGGAAUGCACGUACCAUACCCCGAUGUUGUACAAUUUGUACGCCGCACAUAUUUAUAUGCAAUUGGGACGGUACGCGGAUGCGUUGAAUAGGUUGAGUUACGUCGUUACGCAUCCAGGGAGUUCCUGCUCCACCCUCCAAAUCUGCGCCUACAAGCGCUGGUCCCUCCUCCACCUCAUCGUUAACGGCAAACCCGGUACACUCCCUAAGCUCGUGAGUCGAGCAGCGGAGAGGGCGUUUAAGGCGUUAGCGGGGCCGGGAACGGCGUACGGCGAGGUUCUAGCAAAUUUUGGGAGUAAUGGAGGGAAGGGUUUGAGGACGGUUAGUGAGAAGUGGAUGGGUGUGUUUAGGGAGGAUGGGAAUGAGAAUUUGGUGAGGUUGGUUAGUAGGGCGGGGAUUUGGGCGCAUGUCCGCGGGUUAGGGGAGGUUUAUGGAAGACUGAGUCUUGAGAGUGCGGUGCAGAGGGUUGUUGGCAGGCAGGAGGAUGGGGAGGAGUAUAGGGUGAGGGUCAGGAAGGAAAUUGAGGGGAUGGUUGAGAGGGGGGACGUCAAUGCCAGAGUUGAGGGCGAUACGUUGGUGUUUGAGGAUGCGUCUAAGGUGGUACAGGAGGAAGAGUUGGUGGCACAGGUUGCGAGGAUCAAGGCGUUGAAUAAGGAAUUGGGGAUGUUGGAGAGGGAGGUGGGGAGUUCGAAGGCGUAUUUGAAAGUUGUUGUUGAGGGGAGUGGACAUGGGCCCGGAGGGAGUGGGAUGCAGAUGAUGGGUGGAGGCCGCAGGUUUGAGGAUGCGCUUCGGGAGGGUGCGAAGGGGGAGAUGAUGGAUUUGAUGGAGGAGGAGAUGAUGGGGAUGAGCGGGGGUGGUAAUUGGGCUUGAUGCGGAUUACAAGAAGGCCUCCAUACACUGCCAUUGCAAUUGCUAUCGCCAUCACAAUCGAUUGCCCCC